AUGCCAAAGAGAAUUGUAUACAAUAUAUCCAGUGACUUCCAGUUGAAGUCGUUACUGGGAGAGGGUGCAUACGGUGUGGUAUGUUCUGCAACGCAUAAGCCCACGGGAGAAAUCGUGGCAAUAAAAAAGAUCGAACCAUUCGAUAAGCCUUUGUUCGCAUUACGUACGCUGCGUGAAAUAAAGAUCCUGAAGCACUUCAAGCACGAAAAUAUCAUAACAAUCUUCAACAUUCAACGCCCUGACUCGUUCGAAAACUUCAAUGAGGUCUACAUAAUUCAAGAGCUAAUGCAGACAGAUUUACACCGUGUAAUCUCCACCCAGAUGCUGAGUGACGAUCAUAUACAAUAUUUUAUAUACCAAACCUUGAGAGCAGUGAAAGUGCUGCAUGGUUCGAACGUCAUCCAUCGUGAUUUAAAGCCCUCCAACCUUCUCAUAAACUCCAACUGUGACUUGAAAGUAUGUGAUUUCGGUUUAGCAAGAAUCAUUGACGAGUCAGCCGCGGACAAUUCAGAGCCCACAGGUCAGCAAAGCGGCAUGACCGAGUAUGUGGCCACACGUUGGUACAGGGCGCCAGAGGUGAUGUUAACCUCUGCCAAAUACUCAAGGGCCAUGGACGUGUGGUCCUGCGGAUGUAUUCUCGCUGAACUUUUCUUAAGACGGCCAAUCUUCCCUGGCAGAGAUUAUCGCCAUCAACUACUACUGAUAUUCGGUAUCAUCGGUACACCUCACUCAGAUAAUGAUUUGCGGUGUAUAGAGUCACCCAGGGCUAGAGAGUACAUAAAGUCGCUUCCCAUGUACCCUGCCGCGCCACUGGAGAAGAUGUUCCCUCGAGUCAACCCGAAAGGCAUAGAUCUUUUACAGCGUAUGCUUGUUUUUGACCCUGCGAAGAGGAUUACUGCUAAGGAGGCACUGGAGCAUCCGUAUUUGCAAACAUACCACGAUCCAAACGACGAACCUGAAGGCGAACCCAUCCCACCCAGCUUCUUCGAGUUUGAUCACUACAAGGAGGCACUAACGACGAAAGACCUCAAGAAACUCAUUUGGAACGAAAUAUUUAGUUAG